UCAUGGCAACAAGAUCAACGCGCCUGCGCGCGGCGCCACACAGCCGUGUUCGCAGCGGCCAGCGUCAGUUCUGGCUGUGUGGUGCCCGGAGUAGAAUUGGCGACGCUCUGACGUCAUGGGACAGCCGACUGCUUCGAACCGCGUCACAUAGCAAACAAAGCUCAGGGGACUCCCGUGAUGCGUGACAGAGCAGGACUAUGAAGUCGGCCAUCUUGUUUCCCUACGAAGCCCUCAACGCGCGUGGAUGCUGCAGGCUCCAUGCCCGUCACGCGGCCAUCACCAGUGCCAUCUAUACUUUGAACGUCUCCAUCCUCGUGGUGCUACUGUACAGCUGGCGAGUCGGCCUCAACGUCAAGAAGUACGCGGACCUGCAGGACGUCUAUUACGGGGUGCAGAUCUCCUACCUGGCCAUCAUCGGGGCCCAGCUGUUCAUGAUCGCUCUCAGCAUCACCCUGCUCUUCGGAAUCUUCAAGGAGAACUCGGGUCUUGUGGCCCCUUGGAUUAUCGGCUUCAUAACAUUCAUGGCUCUGGAGGCAGUUGCCAUGGUGUAUUCCAACGUUCUGAGGGAUCACGUGAACAGGCAAUUCGACGCACUUUGCAAAGCGGAAGUUGCGUUUUACAUAUCGAGAGUUAUUCUGAACGUGGGGGCCAUAUACGGAGUUAUGCAGUUCUACAACAUCCUGAGGGCCGGAAUUUCAUGGAAAGGACCCGAAAUCAUCGAACUCUGAUACCAGAAGGCGGAAAAUAGUGACUUUGAUGACGACGAUGAUGCUGGUGGUGGUGGCGAAGAGCCCUGGCCAUUCCUCGUGACGCAGAUCAGUGCAUCACCAAAUAUACAAGUUCUUCCGAAUAGUGCCAAAGCAGCGAAGACAAAGAUUUUGGCUUAAGUGCUUUUAAGAUUCGCUGUUGUUUGGUGCUUUCUUUUGGAAACACUUAUUAUACUUCCAACAAGUUCAAAAUGGGGCAAACCUUGCGUAAAGUUAAAGUAAGAGGUGCCGACUGGCCUGGAAAUGUCACAAACACGCGAGAAACAGUUUUACGUCAUAAUAUCUGAAUCGAAGUAACAAAACAAUAUUGGCCUUCCUGAUUCAUGCCAGUGUACGCCUGUCAUAUGAAAUUAAGUGUGAAUUAUGAUUCAACCCUGAAUUAGGUAAUAACCGAUGUAAAAAUAUUUAUAGGUAACAAAUAAUCAAUAAGGCUACUGUAAAUUCGCUCCACGGAGCGAAGUCCUUCUUGAGAAACUGACAGUAAC